AUUUCAGUCAUAGUCGCUCGCGAAGUUUUGCAAUAACUGGUCUGCAUGAAAACAACUGCUUUGGAAUCUUCCCCUCCUUUUCUUGUUGUCUGCUUCCGAAAUCUGCCUCAAUUCGUACUCAUGGAUCAUUUUAAUUAUUAAAUUUUUGUUAGCUUCUCAUAAUCUUUACUUUCUGAGGGGGGGGGGCACCUCGAGAAAAAAAACCGUGACUGCAUGUGGGAUGUGUUUUUCUGAUAAAUAUAGACAUCUAAAUGGCUUUUCAAACAUUGCAGUGUGAUUAGUGUAAUUAUCAACGUAAUGUAUCCACAAUACAGAUGUUUUCGAUGAAUAUGAAGGAGAAAAAAAAAACAGAAAAUAGACAGAACUCAAGGGGUGUUUGGGUUGAGAUGCGUUUGACAGCAGCGCGAUCUAGUGGCCAGAUGUGGAAAUGCAGGGACGAACCUCAAAAUGCUGGCCAUUCUGUUCGCAACGAUAGUCUUGCAUCUGACAGACCUUAUCAUUCUCUUCGUUUCCACAUGUACUAAUGCCUGGAGAACACAUGGAGUUAGGAGUUAUGACCUCUGGUAUGACUGCACUCAAAGUAAUGGAGGAUAUCACUGCCGUGGGACUAGUGAUGCUGACUGGCUUCAAGCAGUUCAAGCCCUCAUGGUCCUAGCCACCAUUUUCAGCCUGAUCUCAUUCAUCAUCUUCCUCUGCCAGCUCUUCACUCUUGUAAAGGGAGGUCGCUUUUUUUUCACGGCCGUCUUCCAGGUCCUUGCCAGUCUGUUUGUGAUGAGCGGGGCCAUCAUCUACACUGUGAUGAGUCCAGAGUGGAAAAAUGAGAGUGAUGGUUAUGGAUACGCCUUCGUCCUGGCCUGGCUGGCUUUCCCUCUCACGCUCAUCAGUGGCUUCAUUUACAUUGUCCUGAGGAAGAAAGAAUGAGAGUUCAGCCCUCAGGGAUUGUUGUAGAACUGAGAACACUACUCAGAUGACAGACUCUAACCUAACGGCCGUCUCCUCCAAGCCUGAAUAUUUAGACCUAAUGUGAUCAAAGAAACUGACAGAAGAUUGAGUACAGCAAAGACACAGUGUGCAUGACACACAAAAAAUGUGUCUUUGACUGGUGAGCCUAUAUUUAUAUCACAUUUAUAUGGCUUUUUUUGUUGUUGUAAAUAGUAAUGCUAUGAAGUGUCAAUGAAGGCCCUGACUUUUUAAGAAUUAGGAGGAGAGAUAUAGGAAAAGUAUCAAUCUCUUUUUGUUUUGUAUUGUGUGUUAUAAUCAAAUACCUUGUUUUAAAAUGUCAUAAUAAAUUGCAUUUGUUGACGUCGACUUGAAAUUUUCUCUUAUGUCCAAAUUCCGGAAUAAUAAAACACAGAAUUGUGUUGUUAUGUGUUUGAAAAGUCUUGGAAAUGGUGCUAUGUAUUUACCAUUGCUGAACGUUAUAGCUAGAUAUACCUUAUAGGCUCAGAUGGUGUGUUAAAUCUCACAAAAACAUUUUAUAACGCAUAUUUUACCUGUGAUUAUAUCACUUUAUGAGAUGUCGUCUUUCUGUAUUAUUUUUUGUUUGUUCAAGAAAAAAAUAAAUAUCUAAUUUUUUUCCUUGUCUCAAUUUUCAAUACUUCAGGAAGAUCAAAUGUGCGUCCCAAAUCACGCACUUAUGCACUAUUCCAUGACGUUUGUAGUAUAAACAGUGCGAGUAGUGUGUUCACACU